GAUCGUUACGUGUUUAUUUUUGUCCUGCCGAAAUUCCCAGGUGGAGGAAUUGGCCUGAAAAAAUGUGAUGGUUAUUUUAAGGAUUGGGGUCAGAUGAAAGCAGAGGGCACAAGGGCACAGGACGUCUCUGUCUGGACAAGCGCGGUAAUCUGCUGCACCAUCUGGUUCCUCCCAAACAUGCCUCCCCUAAAUUAGCCGGGUAAUCUGAUUUCGCUGAAGAGUCUGGAGCGUCUGGCCAGGCUGCACUCUCACUGCUCCUUAAGCUGUCCCUCCAGGAAGGACGGACGUCGUUCCGGCUCAGUGACACAGACAGACAUUGGGACAGACGAGCUCUUGAGUGUCUCUGUAACUGCUUAUCUUCUCUCUGAAUCAGUGGAUUGUACACAGGUGUCUUUCAGCACACAGAGAAUGGGGAUCAGAAACCACAGAAAAGAGAACUGCGCACGUCACAUGACUCCUUCUCCCCUGGCCCCCGAGGCCUCCGAUGACAUCAUCCAGCCGAGGAGGGUGACCAAUCCCGUGCAAGAGUCACCCACCCACCGGAGCCUGCACCGCGAGCUGCUGUUCAGCCACAGAAGGGGGCUGCUCCUGGGGGGCAAGCCGGAGCUCCAGAGGGUCCUUCAGCAGCGGAGGCUGGAGCAGGACGUCCCACCACCCUCCGACCUGGAGCAGGAGCUACGCAAGAGGAAGCAAAGGCUGCAGGAGUACGAGCAGGAGGAGCUGAAGCGUAAGGAGGGCCAGGAGAACAUCCCUGAGUUUGUGCGGGUGAAGGAGAACCUCCGGCACGUCCGUGUGGCAGUGCAGUGAGCUCUGCCACACGCUCCUCUCUGCCCCCCGUCUGGAACGGUCACCUGCACCGAGGCCAAGCGGCCCAGCGAGAACAAAGACAACUGCACUCAAACCGGGACCCAACCGAACAUCCGCAAAGCAAGUGAAAGUUCCUGUCGAAACAAAAGAGUCUGGUGUUAUCGACCAGCUGGUUCAUUCCACAAGAGCAAUGAAACCACAAAUCAGGUCUUACGGCGCGGCAUUCAGAUUGUGUGCAUGUUUUGUUUCCUGUUAGGGUAAGCUGAAUAAAUGACUGAUUAAAUGUUAAAUGAAACCCGGGACCCAGAAACUCUUUUCAUUGGAGACGUAGAGAAGCCCCUUCAAGGUGACUGGUCAUGUGUGGGUUUGGAUGCGCACCGGGGGAAAUAGUCCCAGUAAUGGUGCAUGUAUAGCAGUGUUCAUUUGCAUAUUUAGACAUUAAUGAGUAAAUUUAUAUUAGACUCUAGUUUUGGGCGCGGUCCAAAAUAGCCUGGUGAAUGUUAUAAAUCUAUGAUCAACUCCUGAUUAGGACAGAAGUGUGCUUGGCAAUAUCAAAAAUUUUUAAACUUGUUACUUUCUGUCUGUCACCAGGGCAGUGCUGGUGUCAUUUUAAAGUUCUCUUUUCCUUUGUGGCUGUUGUUUAUUAAUCAAAAGCACAAAAUACCAUUCAGCUGAAAACAUUUACACGUGAAGUACAACUGAGGUUCAGAAACAGGACUUUGUGGAUUGCUCAAAGACCAGCCUUUGUGCAAGAUUUUUUAAAUAUUAUUAUUCAAGAAGCAUGAAACAUACUGGUUCACUAAGGUGAGCCUUAAAUCUGGUCCUGAGCCAAAUCAGUCUUUUUUCAGUUCUAGGUACAUACAGUUAUAUAUUUAUUUCUAUUUUUUAUGCAUAACAAUCCAAAGGUGAGUAUUUACUACCUUUUGAAGGUGGUAAUUUAUCUCAGGAAAAGCCUCAGGGGUUAUAAUCAAAAUUUUGAAUAUAUCUCAAUUUGUUCACUCUCUAAAUCAGACAAUUACUUGAAACACUUUAAACAGUCUUGCAUGUGUGGGCAAUCACAAGUUAAAUAAGGGCAAAAAAACGUUUUGUUUGGAAAGGCAGACAGACGUGUGGUUUGAAAUUACCGUUUGACACACCUCAGAUUUUACCCUGGUUUCCUGUAAGCUGGGCACCGUUUCAUGCCCAAUACAAUUCUGACUUCUGUUCUGUAUCUCAAGCAUAAAAUAUAAUAGGGGUUUCAAAUUCAAAACGAUACUAUUAAUAAUAAAAACCAUAACGAAACAAUAAGUUAACCUUACCUAAAUAUGACUGGCAACAGCCUACAAUAGUAAAGGAGAUCAGAUCUACAGUACGUCCAAUAGAUCAUACUUACACGCAUACAUACAUAGAUCAAAACUCCUUAAAUGUUGGUGACAAUUUCUGAGAAUUUUCAAUGGAAUAUGUUUCUAGCCAAAAAUCACAAGAGGAAUUUUGUUCUUAGUUUUGGUGGAUUUGGUGGAUCUCUUUUAAAAUUGUCGGUAAUCUACAGGAAUGUUACUGAUGUGUCAAAAGGUCUUACUUUUACCUUUAAAAAGGUGAAAAAGUGUUCUGUUUGUCGUGCCUCUCCACGGUCCUCACACGCACUUGCAGUUGAACCAGUGACUGUUCGACACACGACUGGCCACACAGUACUACAGAAGAACUAGCACUAACUGGGGAACAGGCUUAUCACCCAGGGAUACAACUGCCUGCCGUUACCCGGGCGAUUAUUGCGAUGAAGGACCGAUGGAGGGGACCCCUGGCUGACUUAAUCCCGUCUUUCUCCAUUGCAGAACAAGACCAACUGCAUCCUGCCACUGUUAACCUCUCCUCAUUGUUCCUUCAUUGUAUAUUUUGCAAACAUGGCUGAAUUGCUCGGAAUCUGUCAGUACUGAUUAAGAUGUUGACCUCCUUAAUGUUACAAAUAAAGAUGGAAAUUGCAAA